CGGGCGGCGGCGGCAGCGGCGGCCGCGGGACGGGGGCGGCGGCAGCACCUCCGCCGGCCGUUGCCAGAGCCAAGACAUAAUCAGCCAAACUGAACCAAGAGGAAAGAGAAUAUUUGAGAAGGCUCCCAGCAUCUCAUGAACGAACUAACGGAACCCGAUAAUGCUGGUUCUCCAGAGCCAGGUCUGCGGCUCAGAAAAGGACACAUGUCUGGCCCUGCAACAGCACAGGCAGCCUUUGAAGAGGACAGCUCUCAACAGAGGCUUCUUCUAGUGGAGCCAGCACUGUCUUCUGACCAGGAAAAUUGUUCUGAGGAUAAUAAACACAAUGAUGAACCACCUCAAGAGGAUGAAGGCUUUAUGGGAAUGUCACCCCUUCUACAAGCCCACCAUGCUAUGGAGAGAAUGGAAGAAUUCGUGUGUAAGGUGUGGGAGGGCCGAUGGAGAGUCAUUCCCCACGACGUUCUGCCCGACUGGCUGAAGGACAAUGACUACCUGCUGCAUGGACACAGACCACCCAUGCCUUCCUUCAGGGCUUGUUUCAAGAGCAUCUUCAGAAUACACACAGAGACUGGCAACAUCUGGACACAUCUCCUAGGAUGCGUGUUCUUCCUUUGUCUGGGAAUCUUCUACAUGUUCCGGCCAAACAUGUCCUUCGUAGCACCUGUGCAGGAGAAAGUGGUCGUUGGGCUGUUCUUCCUGGGAGCCAUCCUCUGCCUCUCCUUCUCAUGGCUCUUCCACACAGUUUAUUGCCACUCAGAAGGUGUUUCCCGGCUCUUCUCCAAGCUGGAUUAUUCUGGCAUUGCACUCCUCAUAAUGGGCAGCUUUGUACCAUGGCUGUACUACUCCUUCUAUUGCAACCCUCAGCCUUGCUUCAUCUACUUGAUUGUGAUUUGUGUCCUGGGCAUUGCAGCCAUAAUUGUCUCACAAUGGGACAUGUUUGCCACCCCUGAAUACCGGGGUGUAAGGGCAGGAGUAUUUCUAGGUCUGGGUCUUAGUGGGGUAAUUCCCACUCUGCACUUUGUCAUCUCUGAGGGGCUCCUGAAAGCAGCCACAAUGGGGCAGAUAGGCUGGCUGGCACUCAUGGCAUGCCUGUACAUCACUGGUGCUGCACUAUAUGCUGCCCGCAUCCCGGAGAGAUUCUUCCCUGGCAAGUGUGACAUCUGGUUCCACUCCCACCAGCUGUUCCACGUGUUCGUCGUGGCCGGCGCUUUCGUGCACUUCCACGGGGUCUCCAACCUGCAGGAAUUCCGCUUCACGGUGGGAGGGGGCUGCACAGAGGAGGAGGGGAUGCAGUAGGAGCAGCCUUCGGCCCCAGAUCAGAACCAAAAGAGAGCCGCCGGCAUGGGUGAAGCGUCCAGGCUUAGCAAAAGGAAUACCUAAGAAGAAUCCAAGUUUCAGCUGAUGAGGCGUGGAGCUUCAUGGGGAUUCUGACUAACCAAGAUAAAUUCUAUACCUCAAGCAAUGGAAUAAAUCAAUUUGAAGACCAGGAAAUUCUGAAAACCUAAUUUAUUCUUGGGAUCUACAGAUUGAGCUACAGAGGACCCUUUCCAAAUCGGCUUCUGUUCAAUGCCAUAUUUAUUUGUAGAAUUGGGGAGGGAUAGCUUAGCAGUUUCCUUUUUUUUUAAAAAAAAAGAAAAAAAAAAAGUCAAGGUUAAAUUUAUAUCCUCUUGGAGGGUUUGGGCGUUGAUUUUAGAUGCUGUUUUGGGAGAAAAACAAAUUGUAAAUAAGAUUUCUAACUUUCUGUUUAAAUAAAAUUUAUAUAAAUGUUUUAAACAAUGGGUGGGGGGAAAAGGGUUUUUGUAAAGAAUGCAACAUGCAAGUACCACACACUGUUUCAAUUUUGCACAAAAUAAACAAUUGCAGGAGGACCAGGUAAAAUUCCCAGGAGUGAAGCACGCCGGGCCUGUAGAUUUUCCUGGUGGCCAGCGUGCCCUGGGCAAGGUGGGGUUGUGGCCAGCACCUGGAGGAGGUUCAGGACAUGUACAUGAGGGCUGUGAAGGCUGGAUCAAUCACAGUGUGAGCAAAUGGAUCUGCCCAGGUAACUGGAAAGGUGCAGCUGCUGCAUUCCCAGCCCGUGUGCAGGGGGAGGUUUGGGAUGAUGGAUCCUGCAGUGAAAUGGCAAACAGUCCAACUCCAUCAGUGCCUGCCUACACCCAGAGGCCCCCAGGAGAGGAUGGUUGCCAUUUGCUUCCUUUGCUCUGAGGGAUGAUGGUAACAGACUGGUCAGAAGAGCGUUGAGCACGUCAGGGGAAACAGAGGUGGGGUUCAGAGGGGCUGGAAAGAGGAAGCUGUGUGCUCCAGGACUCAGAGUUAGCAGGCACUGCACACCUCAGGCACAUGACCAUCCUGUGUGUCAGGCUCCACAUGCCAAGGCAGUUUGCAGGUUUCUCUUUUAGAAGGAAUAGAUCCCUAACCAGCCCAAUGCAGUUCCUUUUAUUUUAUUUUACUUUAUUUUGUUUUUUUCUGUCCUUGGGUCUGCUUUCCAUCUGUGCUUUAGCAGUGGGACUGCUGGUAUUUCUUAAGCCUAAACCUGAGAGUUCAGCUGGAUUGCUGUGGAGCAGACACACCUCCUAUAUAAAGGGAGGCAAAUACCCUUCUCCUGUGUAAUGGAUGUAGCUUGAGCUUUGGAGCCCAGUCAGAACCAGACUGAAGGAGAAUCAUUGGAGUCAGAAGGUGAAACUUGAACAUUUUGUUUGUUAUGGCACAGGUAUUGCUUGGAGGCUUUAGCUGGAAAUUCAGAGCAAUUGCCUCUCUCACAGAUGAGUUAAACAGCUCAUAGCAUGCAGUGUUUCACAGGGAAGGAAGGUAAAGGGUUGUUGGUUGUUGUGUGGGGUGGUUUUGUUUUUUUUUUUUUUAGAUUCCCUCAAGUUUCAGUUUGCAUUCUUUGAGAGAAGAGAUGGAUUGCAAAGAUCUUCCCAUAGCCUGGAUGUCACAGUGUGUUUUGGGGAGUUGCUUUGUCUGAUGGAGUCAGGUAGGAGAUGAUCCCCUCCUAAAGCUGAGUGGGCAUUAAGGCUUCAGCCCUGGAGUGGAGUAAAGCCUGUGAGAGCAAGGUCAGCUGCAGAGUUCCCAGUAGGAUCCCGAUAUUGGGUGCCUGCAGGGCUGGAAGUUGAUCCCAGGUCUGUGGCAGUGAAGUUGAAGGAAGGGCAGUAUCACCUUGGGCGUAAGGGCUGGCAGCACUGGCGUCCCAGCCGAGGCUGGGGAGGUGCCUGGAGGCAGCGUGCUGUGUGUGAGCUGUGUGUGCAUAUCAGAAGCAGAGCUGGCUGGAAGGUGCUUUGGGAUACCUCUGAACAGUACCAGCAGAAGCAGCAGCCUCCAUCCUGGAUCAUCCCACGUUCACUCCUCCAAGGGUGAUUGUAACCUGGUCCUGCGCAGCACAGAGCUAUUACAAAAACACAGUACUCCACCUGCUAUUCUUAACCCAGUCAGUCUCUCUGUUCAAGAAGUUUGUGUGUUCCAAUAAAAACAACCUAGCUGUGCACUUUUCUGUAGCUUUUGCUGAGAACUCUUCCCAGGUUGGCACCUGAAUGCCUUACUCUCAGCAGUCAGAGGCUUGCUUGCUCUGUGUGCAGGUUAUUGCCAUAGAAUAGUUAGGACCUACAGCUUCUUUCCUUCCCCAUUAAAUAGUGGCCUUGUUCAGUAUAUUUCUUUUUAACAAUUGCUUACUGUUGGAAGCAAUGAAGCACAUUCUGGGGUUUUGAUGGCUGGGGACUCUGGUGAUGGUUCCAUAUAAGAUGGGAUCUUAUUACUUGCUGUAUUCUUAACUUCUGCUAAUAAAAGAACCAAAUUGA